CUGGCGGGCGCCUCCCGCGCCUCCCGCGCCUCGUCCUCUCAGCCCCCGCAGCUGCUUUCGGGUUCCUAGGAGGAUCUGGUCCAGUGGUGGCUCACCCCCCGACCUGGACAGAGCCCGAGAGUGACCUAAGAAGGAACUACAAGUCCAGACGAAGGGGGGUUGGUUCCCCGGCAGCCUUAGAGAAGGGCUACCCUUGACUUGUGUCUGAGGGGCUCUCCGUGGGAGGUUGGGGCCUGAGUUAGCCUCGGGCUAGAGCUUGAGGCCAGCCCUCAGCAGGGCAGCAGGCUGUCUGCAACUCCUGCAAACUCUUUUUUCCUGAGGAUCCUAUUAAGAUUGUCCGAGGCCAAGGACAGUACAUGUACGAUGAAGAGGGAGCAGAAUACAUCGAUUGCAUCAACAAUGUGGCCCAUGUUGGACACUGCCACCCUCUUGUGGUCCAAGCAGCACACAAACAGAACCAGGUGCUCAACACCAACAGCCGAUACCUGCACGACAACAUCGUGGAUUAUGCACAAAGGCUAUCAGAGACCCUGCCGGAGAAGCUCUGUGUGUUUUAUUUCCUGAAUUCUGGGUCGGAAGCCAAUGACCUGGCCCUCAGGCUGGCACGCCAGUACACAGGACACUGGGACGUGGUGGUAUUAGACCAUGCCUACCACGGUCACCUGAGCUCCCUGAUCGACAUCAGUCCCUACAAGUUCCGGGACCUGGAUGGCCAGAAGGAGUGGGUCCACGUGGCCCCUCUCCCAGACACCUACCGGGGCCUCUACCGGGAAGACCACCCCAAUCCAGCUGUGGCCUACGCCAGCGAGGUGAAACGUGUGGUCAGCAGCGCACAGGAGAAGGGCAGGAAGAUUGCAGCGUUCUUUGCCGAGUCUCUGCCCAGUGUGGGAGGGCAGAUCGUUCCCCCGACUGGCUUCUUCCCGGAGGUGGCAGAGCACAUCCACAAGGCCGGAGGGGUCUUUGUUGCAGAUGAGAUUCAAGUGGGCUUUGGCCGAGUGGGCAAGCACUUCUGGGCCUUCCAGCUGCAGGGGGAAGACUUUGUCCCCGACAUUGUCACCAUGGGCAAGUCCAUUGGCAAUGGCCACCCUGUGGCCUGCGUGGCCACAACCCAAGCUGUAGCAAGGGCAUUUGAAGCCACCGGCGUCGAGUACUUCAACACGUUUGGAGGCACCCCAGUGUCCUGUGCUGUGGGGCUGGCUGUCCUGGACGUCUUGGAGAAGGAGCAGCUGCAGGCUCACGCCGCCUGUGUGGGCAGCUUUCUCAUGGAGCUCCUGAGGCAGCAGAAAGCCAAACAUCCCAUCCUCGGAGAUAUCAGGGGCGUUGGGCUCUUCAUUGGUGUGGAUCUGAUCAAAGAUGAGGCCACGAGGAUGCCAGCAACCGAAGAGGCUGACUACGUGGUGUCCAGAUUGAAGGAGAACUACAUUUUGUUGAGCACCGAUGGCCCCGGGAGGAAUGUCCUGAAGUUUAAGCCCCCAAUGUGCUUCAGCUUGGACAACGCACGACACGUGGUAGCAAAGCUGGACACCAUCCUGACAGGUGAGCCUGGAGGCCAAGGGGCAACUGACAGCUUAUCUCUAGAACCCAGCCUGGAGCUAGAACUCCCAGCAUGCCCAGGAUGGGGGUGUGACAGCUGAGCCAGGGUGUCGUCUCAACAGUACAGGGAGCUGAAGUGGAGGCCUCCCCUAUUCCUGCCUGUGCCCCCAGAAAUCUGAUCCACAAUUCCUCCUGCCUGGGCACAGGCCAGUGUGGCACAUGGGAUAAGGAAGCAGGGCUAUAAGCCCUACUAUCACAACUACAGUAGAGCACUCCAUUGUGUCCCUAAAGCCUCCCUGAGAUGUAAGUGGCAGCUUUCCUGCUUUUUCUGCUGCUAAGCAGCUCAAAUGAAACUUGGACUCAGGACUGAUUCAAUGCAAAAUGAAACUCUUCACAUUCCUAAGCAUUUAGUGGUUGCCCCUAAAUCCACUUACUAGGAAAUGUCAUUGCCAAAUUGGACACAUGCACCAAAGCUGUUCUGCACAUGCACAGCUCAGUCAGGGACCCAAAUCCUAUCAUCUUCCUGGUAGAUUCCAGAGCAGCCUAGCCAUUGCCCCCUGCCCUCUGGAAAUAAGGUCCAAUCCCUACACAACUGAGAUGGUGCAGGACCUGCUAGGGGAAGUAAAGUAUUUGGGAAGCAUUUGUGGGGAGCCUGGGGAGGGAAAAGCUGGCUGGACACAGAGCUGGCUUGUAGUUUCUGUACAGAGGGGACCCCAAACAGUCUCAGGAAAUCUGAGGGCUGGUUUUUGUCCUUUGGGGAAGUUGUUGCUAACCCUGUGGCUGGUGGCCCAUAUACAAGGAUCAGGGCUUGGACAGACCAAUGUGGCCUAGUCUCCACCCUGCCAUCCAAGAAGCUUGGACACUGAAUUCAGGCAUCAGGGGUUUUCAGCAGAGGAGAAAAGUUGACCAUUUGGGGUGGCUCUGUGGUCUUUUUUCAGAUAUGGAAGAGAAAGUGAGAAGUUGUGAGACACUGAGGCGUGUUCUCUAGGUAAGUCUCAGGCUUGCUUCUUGCUCCGAGAGACCAGGAACUGGGUUUCUCACCAUCCAUCACAGCCCCUUCGACAUUUUUUGCUCUAACUGACGUCCCGUUCCCACAGGUUAGUUUCAACACUGCAGCUCUGGCUGCCUUGGGUGCUCCACACCCCCUGAAAAACCUCCCAAGUACCCAUUUGUGAUGGCUGGGCCAAGAGUAGCUUAUUUCCUCCCUUAGCCAGUUCCUCUAGGGAAACAAAGCUUUUGCUAGGCUUAAUCCACCUGGAGCCCCAGCCUAGCACUGCCUCUUUCAACCUAGUCUUAGGCCUCAGCCACUAGACUUGGGGUGUCCCAAUCAAGCCAGCAAAUAUCCCUGCCAGAGGGGGAACUGUCUUGCCCAGAUCCAGCUGGCCCUUGUGACUCUGCUCUUGUCUUUAGGUUCACACUGUCUUUGCUGGAAGAUGACAAGACAGGUGUUCCAAGUGCUCCAGAUUCGUGCUGCCCUGGGGCAGUGUCCCCAACUGAGGGUGGUAACCCUUACUGUACCACCAUCACCUUUAACAGCUGCCUCCAACCUCUGAGCCACUUUCUUUAAAGGGGGCACAAGUCCUGGGCAGGGCCAAGUCAUUAAAAGAAACUAAGCAAGGAUGUGGACAGUAUGUGGUCAUGCCUGACAGGAUACUGGAACUCUGGACCACCUGUCUCCCUUCACAGUGUACCCCACACUCACCCAGGCUUGGGGGUUUUUAAUUUUUUAUUUCAAAAGCUUGGAUAGCUUCAAUAUCCAGGUCGUGGCAAAAUCAGGAUACGUGUAAAAUACCUUACAAUACAUUAGAUUCCCGAAAGGUACCAAAAAGUACAGUAAAAUUAACACUUCCAUUACAGGAAAUGUAUGACAAAUAAUAUAAAAUUAAAAGGUGAAAAAAGGUGA